GUGGGAAACACCAUCGUUUGCCAUGCCACUCUAGAUAACCCUGUUUUAUUUAGGGAGUCUCUCAGGGCAGCAUUUUGUCGUGCAAACGGCCGGUGAUAAGUUGUAGGCGGCGCUUUGCAUUUUCUUGAUGUUACAGCUGUUUGCCAGUGACAAGUGACCGCCAUUUUCGUUGGCACUGGCACACCUGCGAGCGGCAGUGCGUGAUGUUUACUUUUCGUCAUUCAUGCAAGCUGCUGCACCCCUCUCUUUUCCUCGCCAUCUCCUCUCUCUGGUAUCUCCCCUCUCAUCUCUUCCUUCCAAGAUUCUCGUUCUUUCCUUCUCAUCCCAGCCUCGCUGACACACUCGACACAACCAGCAUCAGCCAGCGAUUGACCCAUCAUGCCAGGCAAGAGAGGAAAGAAGCCGCCCCGCUCGUGGUCCAUGUUCCCCGAUCUCCACGACCAAGUCGCCGACAAACUAGAGGAAAACCAGCUCGACUACACCUUCUUCGAAAAGGACGAGGAUCUCGGCGCCAUCCGUACCUACGACACCAAUAUCAUCGGGCGGUUCGUAUGCCACAACAAUAAUUGUGACUCUCGCGGCUGGAAGAGCAUGGUCGUUGCCAUCACGAUCCGCGAGUACUCCCGUAACCGCUACAAUGUCCGUGUGUACCACCAGCGAUGCAUCGAAUGCAACCACCUGAGCAAGCCGAAGCUCAAAGAAGAGACCUACGUCGACAGAGUCACAUACCGCAUCAAGAAGUGGAACGGAGUUGAGGUCGAGAUACCCAAGUACUCCGACAAGUCCAAGGCGCCUCACGAGGAAGAUCACUGCGAGGGAUGCAAGAACGGACACUGCAAGAGAGGAAAUCAGAAAAACGAGGGCAACAUGUAUUUCUCUUGAGCUGGCGGUGACUUGGCGGUAGACGUUGGGUUUGCACAAGCAAGACAUCUAGGAUAUGGCAUGUCCGACAUUGCCUGUAGCUAAGAUCAAGUUUGCCAACUUCAAUUGAUC